AUGCAAGCAAUCACUGACAAGAUGUUGUUCACCCUCCCAGACUUCAUGGCAACAACUCCUGAGCCAAAGAAGGACCAUCGUCCCCGCCCAUUAAAGCUUUCCAGAUCCUUCAUCAAACCUCCCCCCGCAAGUCCGGAUCUGGGUACUCGUCCCCAACGAGCCAGCACAUUUCAGAAUGGGGCAAUGGCGGGAAGCCCGGCAGAUACGUCGGCUUCGUCUAAGGAGAAUUUGAACCUCCGAACACCAUCAGAUGUGUUUGAAAAAGGCGACUCUGAUGAUGAGGAUGAAGGAGCUGCUGAGAUGAACGGGAAGCUGCCUGACGACUUCGAUCAACUUCCAAUAGAGCUUGUUAGCUUGAGUGACAGCUUCAUCGACUCGCUUUCUGCUAAAGUUCAUCCUACCCCACCAACGGUGGACAAACUAUCCGGCCUGUUCCAAGACUUCUACGUAGUUGCUGCCAGCCACAUUAACACCCAUAUCUCCGCACUUUCAUCCAGGCAGCACAGGUCGAACUCUCCGGCCCCCACUACUGUUGCGGGAAAGAUACGGGCAAAAGCCGCCUCGAUCAGUAGCAAGGACAGGCCAAAGAUUUCAUCCGCAAGGAAGGAAUCAGAACAACAGAUGCUGACCACUGAGGAAAUUGCGGAACGCAAACGUGCCCGAAAGGUCCUUGAGCAAAAGAGGGUGGCACUGGAAGAAGCUGUUGAGAGGAGAGUUACGGAAGGAAUCUACAGCAGGAUUUGGAGGCACAGAAGUACACAGGAUGAGGCCCAGGACGAGAAGUUACGAUCAAAGACUGCCGCUCUCUCGGUUGUGGGCAUUGGUUUGACAGAUCUCGGAAUUGACCUAGGUCAAGAGUCAAGCGAGAACCCAGAUGCGACGGGUAACAAGGAGAAAGAGGUCAAAGAAUGGCUUGAAGGUGCUAGAGUGGAGCUUAUUGCCAUGAACGAUGAGAAGCACCCUCUCGGUAAAUUGCAACACCUGAAGGCAGCCCACAAAGCGAUUGUCGAUACGCUUUCACACUUCCACCCUUCUUCAUCUGCUGAUGAAAUCAUGCCAAUGUUAAUAUAUACCUUGAUUACUUCCAGACCCGAAGGUAUCGACGUCAUCAGCAACUUGUAUUUCAUUCAGAGGUUCCGCAACGAAAUCAAGAUAGAUGGGGAAGCUGCAUACUGCUUGACGAAUCUGGAAGCUGCGAUUACGUUCCUUGAGACCGUCGACCUCGCAAGCCUUAGAGCGGACGAAAAACCAUCAGGACCUCAAAAAUCGAACAGUGGACCCACCACACCGCGAGUGGAGAAGCACGAUCCAUUGCUCUCGCUGACAAGCUCCCCGGAACCAUCGGCUCCUGAAGUCAACUCCAACAACACAAGUCCCACAUUGUCAAAAUCUCAACCGUCCCCUGUCGGACUCAAGCCGAUACAGGCGCAAAACCGACGAAUUAGCGGCAUGUUUCAGCCGCCAGCGGUACUGGGUGCAGCUGGCGACGCUGUCAUGAAUACCGCCGACCAGGGGUUCAAAACUAUCGGUAACAGUCUUGGGGAUAGUUAUAAGUUUCUUGUUGGCAAACUCAAAGAGCGGCAGGAAGAAGCCACGGGAAAGAAAGCUGAGAUCAUUGUUCCCAAGACGCUCGAUGAUGCCAGGAAGCUUGUCAGCACACCUCCUCUAGAGGAAGAGGAAUCAGCCAGUGGAGCAAGCUCGCUUCACAGCACAGAAGUGACUGGAGUGACUGGAGUGGCAGGUCGGACUAGAGCCGAUUCUGGCUCAAAGCUAGACGACAAGGUCCUCAGUAUCAUCGGAGGCCGAAAGCUCGCUCGUGAUAGGAGUACAGAUAGCGUGAGGAGCGCCAGCACGAAUGCCAGCAGCAGCAAGAAGGUGGCAUUCGCCCAUGAAAAUGCAGAUAAAUCUUCGUCACCGCUACACAUCUCGCCAGCACCGACUUCAGCACCGUCAGGAAACCCUGCCAUUGUGGAGUCGAUGCGUAAUCUUGGAAAUUCAUUAAAUCCAAUAAACAGGAUCGCUGGAAUGGGAAUGAUGCGUGGAUUUGGGCGCUCGAUGACUCUACCUACCACUCCCACCACUCCCACCACCACUCCCACCACGCCUGCUCCUAGUAAAACGGUACCCGAUGGCGGUGUUACUGAGUUGACAACCGUAGGCAGUCCUUCCUCUUCCCCUCCUCCAAUUUUUCAACUCUCCUCUAACGUCAAAAAGGCAUUCCCAGAUCUCGCACCUUCCCUCCCAGCAAAAGAAGUGCAAAAGAUCGCUCCACCAAUUAAGAAGUUCAUGGACUUGCAGAACCCAGGAGAGCUGCGCAUCAACGAGGUAUUGGAGUUAUUACGAGACUACAGGCGGUUGGCGGGGGCGCUGAAGGACAUGGGUGCUGUUUGA